UCUUAUAAUAAAUUAGGAAUUCACAGUAUUUAAAGAGAUGUCUAUUAUUCUUGAAUAACUUUCAUACCAAGAUUAUACGCGGCUGCUGUCCGCGGUGCUGAAAUCCUCCGGUGCUGAAAUCGCGCGCGUGUGGAGAGGUCAUGUGACGCGGCUGCUGUCCGAGGUGCUGAAAUCCUCACGGACGAUGGUUUAUUAGUUCAGAUCAUAGACUGUAUAAAAACAGGUUCAGAUCUGAUUUUUCUGGGGCUUCAUCAAACGCGCGCGCUCAGGGCGGGUCGUGUGACGUCACGCGCGCGUCCACGGACCAGACACUCGGCGAGUCCACGGAUGUUUGUACCUCAAAACGCCCUUAAAACCAUCACUUACAGCGGAGCGACGGGAACGGAUACCGCGGGGAGAUGUCUGUGGCGGGGCUGAAAAAGCAGUUUCACAAAGCGACUCAGAAAGUCAGUGAGAAGGUUGGAGGAGCUGAAGGCACCAAACUGGACGAUGAUUUCAAAGAAAUGGAAAAGAAAGUGGACGUUACGAGCAGAGCAGUGCUUGACAUCAUGACCAAAACCACAGAAUACCUGCAGCCAAACCCCGGUGAGUGUGUGUGUGUGUGUCACAUCAACACCAUGUCUACACAUCCGGGUCACACACAGGGUCCGGUGCCCCACAAAACUGACACGGUGCUGGCAGACACAGUUUUAGAAGAUUAUCAGUCUGCUGUUCAUCUGUGUGCCUCAGGUCUGGCUCUGUUGGAUGCCGGUGAAUCGAUGCGUGAGCUCGGUGAGGUGAAAGACGCUUUAGAUAUAAACGUCAAACAGAACUUCAUAGACCCGCUGCAGAACCUGCACGACAAAGAUCUCAGAGAGAUUCAGCAUCAUCUGAAGAAGAUGGAAGGCCGCCGUCUGGACUUUGAUUAUAAGAAGAAGCGUCAGGGGAAAGUGACGGAUGACGAGCUCAAACAGGCGCUGGAGAAAUUUGACGAGUCUAAAGAGAUCGCGGAGCAGAGCAUGUUUAACCUGCUGGAGAACGACAUCGAGCAGGUGAGUCAGCUGUCGGUUCUGGUUCAGGCUCAGGUGGAGUAUCAUCAGCAGGCUGCUGAGAUCCUGCAGCAGCUCUCCAGCAAGAUAGAAGACAGGAUAAAGGAGAUGUCCAACAAACCCCGGAAGGAGUACAUCCCCAAACCCCGCAUGGAGCUUCAACUGCUCAGUGAGAAUCACAACGGAGGAAUAAACUCUGCAAAAUCACCUGCACGCUCACCAGCUCCUUUGGAUCAGCCGUGUUGUCGCGCGCUCUACGACUUCGAGCCGGAGAACGAGGGCGAGCUCGGCUUCAAGGAAGGCGACAUCAUAACUCUUACCAAUCAGAUCGACGACAACUGGUACGAGGGCAUGAUCCACGGCCAAUCAGGGUUCUUCCCCAUCAACUACGUGGACAUCCUAGUGCCUCUGCCUCACUAGGCUCCGCCUGCCCCCGCUGUUGCCUAGCAACCCAACAGCCGCCUUUAUCGUGCAUCUGUGCUACAGCUUCACUUCCUGUUCCUGUCGAUCAGUGACUCAGUGGAUUAUGAUGAUGUUGAGGAAGACUUUAGACAUUAUGGAGACCCAUCUGAGUGGAGAAACAGUUCAAGUGCUCAAUGUGAGCGUGUGUGAGUGUUUGCGCUCCUGGACUCGUUUAUAUUCGUUUAUAUUCUUUUUCUUGUGUUUCAGAUGAUUUAUUUGUACUUGAUUGACGUAAGGGAACUAGCGCUUCACUCUUCUGAUAAACCUCACUUAAUCCAGUUCUAUCCCAGCAUGCUUAUAGGAAAGUUCUGGAUUUCCAGAUGUGUGUUUGAUUGCGUCACUGCUCUCUCUUCGUCACACAUGUUAGAUCUUUUUCUCCUUGCUAAGCAGCAAACAACAAGAUGCUGUUAUGAUUGGUUAAUUUUAUUGCUUGCUGAUGCAUUUUGGCUUUGGCUCAGAACAGAAAUGUUUCUCCUGCGCUGUAAAAGUGAUGUUUUUUCUUCAGUAUUUUUAUUCUGAAAAAUUAAUCAAAACAAAAUGAGUUUAUGCUUAAAACAAUAAAAAAAUCUGACAAUGGCAUCUGAAAAA